UUCUAAAUCCAUCACAACGAGAAUCGUCGUCGCAUCCAGUUCGGUUCGAUCUGUGACGAUACCGACUGAAUGAACGACAAAAUUAAUCGAUGUUUACGGUGCAAGACCACUGGGGCUACCGGCGUCUUCGCCUCCAUUGACCUUUCCGACGCUACUUAUCCGGGUUUCAAAAUCUAGGGCCUCGUCAGCGGCGGCUUCAAAGGACUUGGAAACGUCCGAAGUCUUCGCGAUCGUGCGGAGGAACCUUGUGGCCAUCUUCAGGGUUCCACCAAUGAUGUAUGAGGCGGUAAUGACGGUAGUAAGGAUCGAGACGGUAAGUUUGGUUCUCCACGUCGUGGUUUUGUUCGCGGGGUCCUGGCCACUCUCUGUGAACCCAACCUGUUCUAGGGACAGAUUUCCAGAGUUCAUCGCACCUUCCAUUUUGCGGUAUACCUGUAAAAAGGUGGCCGGUAGCAGGACAAAGAAACCUCUGUAUGCUCUAUACAGAAUGAACAGAGUGUAGUAAACGCAAGCCUUGGUGGCGUAGACAAUCUUUUUGGAUUGGGAAUCGGAUUCGGACCCCUUUACGGUAGCUCUCUGGGCCAUUGCCUUGAAGUUGUUUCCAAUUUCAUUGAGGAGAACCCACAACGAUUUCUCACUCCCAAUAGAAGAUGAAUUUAAUGCCGCGACAUCCGGUGAAUCCGUCGCAACGAUUUCGACAGGGGAUGUAUUUUCAGUGGGAAUCAGGUCCUCUUCUUCCGUUCCCCCCUCGGCGUUCACUUCGUCUCCGUUAUCGCUUUCUUCAUUUUCUUUCGAACCCUGGAUUCCUCCCCAGAGUCCAGAUAGUGGAAGGCCUACCACUGGUCGUUGGCGGAGAAGGAACGGGGAGUGUCGACGGCUUCCUGAGGCCUGGGCGGCCGAAGGAAGUGGAAGCCGCGAGUCAUUCGGCAAUUGGAAGCCGAGACUUGAUGGAAGAGAAGCCACGGACGCCAGAAUGACAACCGAUCGGAGGAUUACAGCUGUUGAAGUCAUAGCAAUGGAUGAAAUGUUACAUAUGCGGUAUGUGUUCGUAGUGAACUUCGAGAAAACUCCAACACAGAUGAAAUGAAGAAAGAGUUGUGCGGUGCUCUAGCACUACUAAUAUAUCGUAGCAUGAAGGAAAAACGAGCGGUGAAUCUUUCUCAGAUGCGAAUUCCAUUGCGGUACAAUACUGUAUGGUAACAUACGAUAACAUACGAUUUUUAAGAUAACGAAGAAACUGAAAAACGUUCGUUUCUCACGUUGCAGUUGAAACAGGGACAGAAAAAACAGAUGAUGAUAAAACGAGCGUGCACGAAUGUACACGAAUGAACGACAAAACGGUCACGAACCCGGGACGGUCACCGGACCAUAAGGCCUAAGGGAGUACGGUACUCGUACAUAUUAAUCUUGUCGUAUGACGUAUGCAUAUGUUGCUAUAGUAUUAUCAUAUGAUACCCGUCCAAUUACUUGUAUAUUUCGUACGUUAGGUACGUACCGGUACGAGUACAAGUACAAGUAGGAGUACGAGUACGAGUUUCUCGUACUGUACUUCCUCACUUCCGAACGAUUGGUCCUUCAUGCCAAUCAUCGAAAGUGAAAUAACCCAAAACAACAUACGAGUUACUCGUAGCCAUGGCAGAAUUCAAUACAAGCCCAAUACUGAUAGAACAGAACACGACGAGGACACAAUAGAGUAAAUCGCAACAAAAUAAGGCAGCGAGAAUGAACAAACUUCAGAAUUCGAGAAAUAUAGCUGAAUGGAUUAUCAUUGCGUCCGCCAUUGCUAUUGUUCGUUGUCACGUUUCCAACCUCGCUAGCGGCAUCGUCGGCGCGGCUGCAUACGAUGGUACAGCAGACCGUGAUCCGGGAGAUUCAGCGAAGAACAUAGGCUGGGAUCCAAAACGUAGCCAUCCCUGUACGGUUGAAACGAUAUCUAUGGAAGACUUUUUGAAAAAAUACCGAAAGCAAGGGGGUCUGCCCCCCUUGUAUCCUCGACCACUGGUCAUCAAAUCGCGUUCCGGCAAUCCGCAGCGAAACCAAAGGUUCCAGGAGCUCACGCGGGAAGACACCAUCCGAGACUCAUUUCCCGCUAAUUUCACCGUGACAUUGUCCAGCUCGAAUUCGUUCAGCGAACACAGGCGGACCAUCCCCCUUUCCCAGUACCUGGAAGAAGUUGCCACCGGACCCCCCCUCGAUGCCGACACCAAAUCGAAUGAGACAUGGUACCUGUUCGGAGAAACCUAUUCAGAUGAAUGGAAAUCCCUAUUGAGCGAAUACCAGGUUCCUCCCUGUCAGGCUUGCUACGACGAAUCCCUAGUGGCCCUUUCCUUUGGGAUCGGGAACUCGGGAUCGGGGGUUCAGUGGCACAUCCACGGGCCCGGAUUCUCUGAGGCAAUUCACGGGCGCAAGCACUGGGUUUUGUAUCCGUUCGAAGAUCAACCCGCGUUCCACCCCGACCAAACGUCGUUGAAUUGGAUGCAUUACAACUACCCUUCGUUCGAACAAUUGGAAGACCGGCCAUUGGAAUGCACACUGGAUCCCGGGGAUUUGAUUUAUUUGUAAGUUCAUAUCCACAGAAAGAAGUGCGAACUCGGGGCGUUUGUGUAGUGCAGUGUAGUGUACUAUAGUGGGUUAUUGCUCGUCGUUCUUGUGGCUUCCGUGACGCCUUUGGUAGCUAUGGUUUACUUUAAUCCGAAUGUUCCCUGCCCUCUCCCCGUUUGUUCCGCAAAAUGCUUUUUGCGAUCACCCUAUCGUACGGAAACAAUUUCUGACAUUCCAAACUCGUUUUUUUUUGUCGUUUGCGCCAAACGAACGAACGAACGAACGUAAACAGUCCGGACAUGUGGUGGCAUGCUACGAUCAACGUUGAUGAUUAUACAGCUUUUGUCUCGACGUUUACACAAGAACAUUUGUUCCUAGAUCGGUCCGAAACGAAAAAAGCUUGGGCGUGAAAAACCACGGAUAGUUGUAAUGGAAUGUUGCCACAUGCAUUUAGCUGCUGUAAAGAAUCCACUAGGUUACAACGGUUCGUGACUAUUAUUUAGACUGUAUUUAUUAUCUAUGGGAAAAUCGUUUUAUUGUUUUGGCAAAAUAUUUUCCAAUUUUCCGAGGUCACAUUUGUGAUGAUGGAGUUGUUGUUCACCACUCCAUCCUCGCCUGUUUUAUUGCAGUAUUGUUUUGUUUUUGUUCAUUUCGUAGUGGCUGCCGAGGCACGCAUCAACUAGUAUCGUUUGAUUGUAAAUUGCAUGUAAGAAAAAGAGGAGCAUGGAAUCAUUUCCUAGUCGGCUCCCGCAAAUGGUCGAGGUGCGGUAUGGGCAUUCGUGGACGGUCUCAAUUCCUCUGGUGGUGGAGGCAAUCAAUGUCCACCAACUUGGCACUUUCUGCGUUUAGUUUAGUUUCUUCGAAGCGAAAUAUAUGCGCGGAUUUUGUGUUGUGUUUGCAAACAAAUCGCGGAAAAUCUCAACUCCGAUCAGGAUCUUGAUGUGUUCGUUAUUGUUUUGUGGUUCAUAUGUUUCUAUGUUCUAUUGAUUUCCGACCUUUGCUAGGUAUGAUUCAAGGGCGGCAGCUGCCAGAUCUACUUCCUUGUUCUCAUUCCCAUUGCUUGCAUUGAAAUCCACACCCGUGCAGCUGUCGUUGUUCACGAGCCGCGACUUUGCUUCCUCGGCAGCGGCUUGGGCCAGAGCGCUAACAGCUUCCACCUGGCUCUGGAAUGCUUGCGGACUGGCAAUUACAUUCACAAGUCGUUGGACAAAUACUUGUUGCAGAGUCUUAGGAAGAGUAUUGAGGGAGUGCCGUAGUUUUUCUACAAGCUUUGCGUCGACUUUUUCUUCUUGCAUUGGCUUAGAUGGAUGCAAUGACAUGGUGGUAUCCGGGACAUCAGGCGCAAUCAACUCAUCGUCGAAAUAAAUGCUAUCAUUGUCAAGAUCCCGAAGCGUUUCGAGGAUGUCCUCGUCCGUAAUAGAUCCAUAAGAUCGCUGAUUUGUAAUAAUCGGAGCAGGUGUCGGUAUAGGCAUUCGAUGGGCUUCCGAAUAGAACUUAGAGUUAUUGGAAGUACUAGUCUUCGGAAUGGAUAUUGGAAGCGUCAUCGAUUUGACAGGAGAAGGGGGCAACGCUUUUGAUACUGAGACUUUGCGUUUCUUACUAGCUGGAGAGUCUUGAACGUAUCGACCGUUCGCAUGGUGAUGUUUUUGCUCCUCUUGAAUCAUACCUCCAACGAGUGCUGCCAACUGCUCCAUAUUUUUUGACAUCGUUGCGAUCUGUGAUUUGAGAUCCUUUACUUCGAGUUUCAAGGCAUCUACUUCUUGCUUUUCUGCCGGUUCGAUCUGAUUGCUCUUCUUGAUUUCCGACAAUAAAUCGGGUCGUCCUUUCAGAAAUUUCUCAUGGCGGAAUCGCCAGUACUUUGCUUCUGCAUCAUUUUCUUGGUCACGAAUACGGAUUGGGUCGGUUUUGAUCUUGCGAAAGCCGUAGAAGUUCAAUUGAC